AUGCAUACCAUGAAAGAUACAUGCCUGCAUACAUCAUACCUGCAGCUGAAGACCUUACUAACCAUUACAUAUAUGCAUGCCUUGCCAGCAGAUGCUUUGAGAUCCAACUCCUUUGGAGCUGACGUAGAGGAGUUUGAGAAGUACCAGUCUUCACAGUCGCACCUGGAAUACUUGCAGAAGAGCUUAGGGCCUCUAAACAAUGAAGAUGACAAGUUAGUCUUCAUUGUCGAGGGCAAGGACAGUCCUGUGCUCUUAGCUGGCGAUGUGGUCUUUGUGUCCGUUUUCAUUCUGCACAGGGCGAACAACAGCAAGAAGACCUCCAUGGUAUUGCCCAGUGGUACCAUUAAGGUUGGCAAGGAGCUAAAGAAGCACACGGUUGUAGAGCUUCCAGUGCAGAGCCUACUUGGCAGAUUCAACAAGCAGCAGGUCAAGGAGUGGGCUUUCUCCCAUGGCUGCACAAAUGUUCUAUGGAAUGACUCCAUGGUCCAGUACAAGGGCAAGCUGGCGUUGGUUGCUUAGAGAGGUUCCUAUAUGAGCAGGGAUACAGAGCAAGUGGGCAGCUGCAGUCUAGGGCUAUGUGGUUCAGUGGUGUGUAGUAGGUGUUCACUAGGAAAAAAGGAAGCAGUGCAGUAGUAGUGUGGAACAGGUCACAGGUGAAGGUUGAUGAAGAACAUGUGUGUAUAAUUGCAUGCCAAGACAAGGUACUGCUGUUGCUGUGAUGAUUUUGGUAGCAGCCUCCAGACUUGUAAAGAAUAGAGACAAUAGAUGCCUGUACAGGCCAGCUGGCUGUGCACUAUACUGCACAACUCCACAUGAUGAGCAAGUGAGAUGACCAGGGCGACCCAGACUGUUGUGUGUAAUACAUACAUAUGUAUAUAAUUCCUGACAAAUGUGAUUUUGUGCCUACCCAUGCAGUACAAGCUUCUAUCACCAAUGAUGGCAAAUAGAUGCUCAUGGCAUGAAUAAUGAAGUCAGACAGCUUUCCAAAAAAAAGAGAAUGUGUGAUUUAACAGUGGACAGGGAUCAUGUAAAAGCUCAUAACAU